AGCUGCGCAGCGUCAACACAAGCACACAAACGCACUUAACAUUAAGCAGGGCCGCGCAGUUUAGCCAAGCAGAGGCCUGCGUGUCUUUCUACGGCUUUUCUCUUCGACGUGCGGCUGUUAGUAACCGAGCCGACAUGCCUUUUCUCGGACAGGACUGGAGGUCACCGGGUCAGAACUGGGUGAAAACCGAUGAAGGAUGGAAAAGGAGGACAGCAGACGACAAAAACAACAACGUCUCUGUGGAGAGCUUCUGCAAGGACAACGAGCCGGAGUGUUUCAACAAGGAGAACCUGCUGCUCUCGCUCAGCUAUGAGAUGUCUGCCAAGAAGAGGAAAAAGGAUCUGAUGAACAACAACGCCAAGGUCCCCUAUUUCCAUAGGGAAAAGUGGAUUUACGUUCACAAAGGAAGCACCAAGGAGCGCCAUGGAUAUUGUACGCUGGGAGAGGCCUUCAACCGCUUGGAUUUCUCCAGCGCCAUCAAGGACACGAGGAGAUUUAAUUACGUUGUCAGACUCCUGGAGCUCAUUGCCAAGUCGCAGCUCCCCUCGCUCAGCGGCGUGGCGCAGAAAAACUACAUGAAUAUUCUGGAGAGGGUUGUUCAGAAAGUUCUCGAUGACCAGCAGAACGUCCGUCCCAUCAAAGAGCUGCUGCAGACGCUGUACGUGUCGCUGUGCGGCCUCGUUCAGGACAUGGGCAAGUCGGUGCUGGUGGGGAACAUCAACAUCUGGGUCCACCGCAUGGACAACAUCCUGCAGUGGCAGCAGCGGCUGGACAACAUCCAGAUCAACAGACCUGCAGCCACAGGCAUGGCGCUGACCGACCUGCCUGCCAGUCUGCAGCUGAACAUCAUGCAGCGGCUGACGGACGGCAGGGACCUGGUCAGCCUGGGCCAGGUGUGUCCGGAGCUGGGGGCCCUGACGGAGGACCGCCUGCUGUGGAAGAAACUCUGCCAGUACCACUUCACAGACAGACAGAUCCGCAAGCGUCUGAUGGUGUCAGAGAAGGGCCACCUGGAGUGGAAGAAAAUGUACUUCAAGCUGAGCCGCUGCUAUCCUCACAGAGAGCAGUACAGCGACACCCUGCACCUCUGCACACACUGCCACAUCCUCUUCUGGAAGGAUACGAACCAUCCCUGCACGGCCAACAACCCCGAAAGCUGCACCACAUCCCUCUCACCUCAGGACUUUAUCGAUCUGUUUAAUUUCUGAUCUCUGCAACACACACACACACACUCCCCUACGUCUUCAGAAAACUCCAGAAGUACGGACUGGACUGUACAUACUGUUCUUGUACAUAGAUUAUUUUUUUUCUUGUUUCAUCAUGUCCUGGAUGUACAUUUAUUUGCACGGACCUGGAGAGGACGCAGGCUGUGGACGACUAUGCAAUUUUAUUUGGUUUGAAUAUUUGGAUGAGAUCAAAUGAAGCAUUUGAAAGUGAUUGAAUGUGAUGGAGAAUGAAAAGACUGUAGUGAGGAGGUGGGGAGGAAAUGAAUAUUUGGCUGAAGUUUAUAGUUUUAAUAUGGUCUAUUCCCUUCUUUGUGGGAUUUAAGUUCUAUUUUUGUUAAAAUUUAAUAGUUAACUUUUUUAUUAAAUCGGAAAGGGAUUAAAGUAGUGAUGUUAAAAGGCCUCCAUUCUUGGGAAGGUGCAAUAUGUUUCAUGUGGAGCUGUGGUCUGCUUUAAUUGGGAGGCGGGAAUGCAUACAAGGAAGAGAAACCAGAUGUUUUGUUUUUAUGCUUUUUCACUUUUAUAUUGAUUUGUUAUGUUUUCUUUUAUUCUGCUUUGGCAGUCAUAGCAGCAGCUAAGUGCAGUAUUACCAAACGUAACCAAAGCCAGUGUAACUGUGGUGUGCCUUUACAAAACUUGAAGCAAUACCGGCAAAAUGUCUGUCUUGUUUGCAUCUUUUCUAAACCCUGAUUGUUGUUAUUUUUUUCUGUGUUUAAUUUUACGGAGGAGUUAAUUAAGGUGCGACGCUCUGAAACCAAAGGUCGAUGUCUAACUUUUUUUUUUUUUUUUGUGAAAACUCCUGCAUGUUUUCAAACACCCAGCUGAUUGUGUUGUUUACAUAUUUAUUUCUUGAGACUUUUGGUGACUGGCUGAACUUUCACACUUUAGGUUUAAAGAAGUGGACUUUUUGAGUGUGAAAGGGACCUUUGUCACUGCUCAGACUUUGAGGAACGAUGUACAUGCUAUGCAAUGCAGUCUGUUUUUGUUUAAUAAAUAAACUGAUCAGUGCUUUCUGUUU